AUGUUUGGAGCACCCGAUUCUGGGCUGGUUGUCCUGGGGUGUGGAUUCGCUCUGCUUCUAAAGCAAUCCCGAGAGCAUACCAUGAAGGUAGAAAGGGAUACGGUUCAAAAGAGGCAAGUGUUGCUGCUGCUGCUGCAUUUACACUGGCAACUACCUCUGUCUUCAGCUCUCCACCCACAGGACCUCUUUCAGUAUGGUGAAGCCUGGGGGGAUCAAUUCCUGCAGGAAGGGGAUGAUGAAAGUUCAGCCUUGAUAAAACUGAAGAGACCCCUGAGGUUCUAUGAAGCUCAGUUCAAUAGCCUCUAUGUGGGCACGAAUGGCAUCAUCUCAACACAAAACUUUCCUAGAGAGAGACAAUAUGUGAAUGAUGUCUUUCCCACAGAAUUCCCUGCCAUUGCCCCCUUCUUGUCUGACCUUGAUACUAGCAAUGGGAGAGGAAAGAUCUCUUAUAGAGAAGAUGACUCGAUGGAGAUCCUGAACCAGGCAGCCCUAUAUAUUCGUACUGGGUUUCCCAAAACUGCAAGAAAUUUCACACCAACCCAUGCAUUUCUUGCUACUUGGGAGGAAGUAGGUGCCUAUGAAAAAGUGACACACAAUGUGUCACCAUCGAGGCUGAAUAACACUUUUCAGGUAGUCUUGACAUUUGAUGAGUUUGAUACCUACGCUCUCUUUCUUUAUCCUACCAAUGGUCUUCAGUUCUUUGCAACUCGUCCCAAAGAAUCUUAUGAUAUACAGCUUGAACUCCCAGCUAGAGUGGGUUUCAGCCAAGGUAAAGAUGACUAUCAGAAGAAAGAAGGGCUUCAUUUUAGUGUAACUAGCACUGAGCAAUCUGUGAAAAAUCUCUACCAAAUAAGUAACCUGGGCAUUCCUGGAGUAUGGGCUUUUCAUAUUGGCAGCACAUUCCAGCUGAAUAAUGUUGAACCUGCGAACUUCAGAGGAAACCUUUCCAUAAACCAUUCUCUGGAGCAUUUUCUUACUAAUGCUGAAGAGUACAGUGUCCUAGAAAGUAAUUAUGCUGAAGACAAAAUGAAUUAUGUUGGGGGUUUUUAUAAUGAAGUUGACAUGAUGAAUGAUGAAAGUGAACACUCACCCAAUGGGCAAGAACAAGUAUCAAAUAGUCAUAGCAAAACAGAAAUUUUACUUGACUUAAAUGACAAUUCUCAUAGUCAAGUAGAUCAUAGUGAACCUAAACAUGGUAAUUUGUUUUCUUCACUGGAAUCAGAGCUAAAAUUCAAAUUGCUGUCUCCACCACCUAGUCACAUACCAUUAUCUCUUAAAACAGAAUCUGACUUAUUGUAUCAUCAAACUGAAAAAGGGAUACAAGGGGAGGAAGUUCUUCUGAUAUCACAAAGCAACACUGCUUCUUCUCAGCAAAGAGGAAUUAAAAACCCAGCUCCACCAAACACCAAGGAAGAAUUCCUGGACCUCUUAAAAGAAGUUUCACCAUCCUAUCUUAAAAAUGAAACUAUACAACGCUACCCAGAUGGAGCUAUGUCUUCAGAAAUGGAAGCUCUUUCAGACUAUUCUGAAGGAGAUGUUCUUACAAAUUAUUCUUUUCCAGAAAAUAAACUACCAUUGAAUCAUGGGAGGUAUAUUAUGGGAAUGGAAGAAGAUAGCAAUUUCAGUACUAAUGUAUCCAUACAUCAAGCUGCCAGCAAGGAAACAUGUGAACAGAACCACAGUCAAUGCUCUCAGCAUGCUUUUUGUACAGACUAUUCCACGGGCUUCUGCUGCCACUGCCAGUCCAAGUAUUAUGGAAAUGGAAAGCAUUGUUUGCUAGAAGAUGCACCUCACCGAGUCAAUGGGAAAGUGAGUGGCCGUCUCUACGUAGGACAGACUCCAGUGUCCUUCAGUGAGGUAGACCUGCAUGCCUACAUUGUAGGGAAUGAUGGGAGAGCCUAUAUAGCCAUCAGCCAUAUUCCUCAUCCUGCAGCCCAGGCCCUGUUGCCCCUCACUCCAAUUGGAGGCCUCUUUGGCUGGCUCUUUGCUUUAGAAAAACCAGGCUAUGAGAAUGGCUUCAGCAUUACUGGUGCUACCUUCAGUAGUCAGAUGGACAUCACCUUCUAUCCAGGAGAAGAGAAAGUUCAUAUUAUUCAUACUGCUGAAGGACUUGAUUCAGAAAACUACCUAAGUGUUAAGACAGAUAUUCGCGGCAAAGUGCCUUUCAUCCCAGCAAAUUUUACAGCAUAUAUUGCACCAUACAAGGAGAUUUACCACUACUCUAAUUUGGCUGUGACUUCUACAACCUCCAGAGGAUAUUAUCUUUCAUUUGGUGAAAUCAAUCAAACAUUCUCUUAUCAUUUACAUCAGAAUAUUACUUACCAGGAUUGUAAACACACUCCUAACCCCAGGAUUGUUCCUACAACUCAACAGCUAAAUGUGGAUCGUAUUUUUGCCUUAUAUAAUGAGGAAGAAAAAGUGCUUAGAUAUGCUAUGACCAAUCAGAUUGGCCCCAUGGAAGGAGAUAAAGAUCCUUUGAUUACAAAUCCUUGCUAUGAUGGAAGUCAUGCAUGUGAUAUAAGAGCUCAAUGUCUGGUGGGAACAGGACUAGGCUAUUCAUGUGAAUGUACAACUGGCUACCAAGGAGAUGGAAGAAAUUGUUUUGAUGUAAAUGAAUGUACAACAGGUUCCCACCUUUGUGGCCAUAAUUCUGUAUGUGUCAACUUGCCAGGGAGCUACAGAUGUGAAUGUCAUAGUGGUUAUGAAUUUGGAGAGGAUAAACACACUUGUAUUUUAAUUGCUUCAUCGUUCAACCCUUGUGAAGAGGGCAAUCACAACUGUGCUUCUGUGGAAAGGGCCCAGUGUAUUUACCAUGGAGGCAGUUCUUACAGCUGUAUUUGCCUUUCUGGUUAUGUUGGUAAUGGGCAUGAAUGUACUGAUGUCGAUGAAUGUAUGGAAGAAAGAUGUCACCCUGCUGCUGCCUGCUAUAAUGUCCCUGGCUCCUUCUCUUGCCACUGCCAACCUGGCUACAAUGGGGAUGGAUUUCAGUGUUUUCCUGAAUCUACACAGGGACCACAAACAGUUUGUGAGCGCUGGAGGGAAAGUCUUCUGGAGCACUAUGGCGGCAGACCUCGAGAAGAUCAGUUUGUUCCACAGUGUGAUGAAUUUGGCCAUUUUAACCCUUUACAAUGUCAUGGAAACAGCAACUAUUGUUGGUGUGUGGAUAAGAAUGGCAGAGAAGUUGAAGGAACUAGAUCACAGCCAGGCAUCACUCCUGCAUGUAUCCCAAGCAUUGCUCCCCCCACCAUUCUGCCAUCUCCAUAUCCUAAUGUGAUACCACCAUCUGUGGGCACAUUCCUGCUCUAUGCUCAAGGCCAACAGAUUGGCUACCUACCUCUCAAUGGAACCAGGCUACAGAAAGAAACAGCCAAGACACUCCUAUCACUGCAUGGUUCCAUUGCUGUUGGGAUAGACUAUGAUUGCCAGGAGAAGAUGGUAUACUGGACAGAUGUUGCAGGGCGGGUAAUCAGUCGAGCUAGUCUGGAAUUAGGCAAUGAACCUGAAAUUGUCAUCAGUUCAGGACUGAUGAGCCCAGAAGGACUUGCCAUUGACUAUUUCCACAGAACUAUGUUCUGGACAGAUAGUGGUCUCGAUAAAAUAGAGAGUGCCAAGUUGGAUGGCUCAGAGCGCAAAGUUCUCUUUGACACUGAUCUGGUGAAUCCCCGAGCCAUCGCUGUGGAUCCAAUCAGAGGCAACCUGUUCUGGACUGACUGGAAUAGAGAAGGACCUAAAAUUGAAACCUCUUCUAUAGAUGGAACAAAUAGAAGAAUUUUAGUGAAUAAAGAUAUUGGACUACCUAAUGGUUUAACCUUCGACCCCUUCUCUAAACUGAUUUGCUGGGCAGAUGCAGGGACCAAAAAACUGGAAUGUGCAUUAUCAAAUGGAACUGGAAGGCAUAUAAUACAAAAUAACCUCAAUUACCCCUUCAGCAUUGUUAGCUACGCAAAUCACUUUUAUCAUACAGAUUGGAGAAGGGAUGGUGUUAUAGCAGUAAAUAAAGAAAAUGGGCAGUUUACUGAUGAAUAUCUUCCAGAGCAAAGAUCACAUCUUUAUGGAAUAACUGCAAUAUAUCCCGACUGUCCAAAAGGUAAAUAAAUCUAGAGGAACAAAGUAAUGAGUUUUAAACAACAGAAUUUUAACUUUGAAGAAAGACUACUUUCUACCAAUGGUUGGAAGUGAAGAAAAUGAAAAAACAAUAAAGACCUAUAGUAGUUUCUGGAUAUGCAACAAAAUGAGGGCAAAGAUUAGUAAGUUUAUUCUGCGAAAGCUUAUACCUCAAUCUUUACUACUGUAUUUUCUAAACAAACAAACAAACAAACAAAAAAAAAACCCACAAUUAUCAUAUUUCAACUUUAAAGUAAAAAUCAUUAAAGAAAAAGCAAUUAAAUUCAAACUUUUAUAAACCUAUAAACUGAUCUAAAUUAUAGAUUCUUUUUGGCUAAAAGAUUAUAUAGUUUUACUAAAAUGUGCAUUUAAAGAAAAAACCAGAGUCCUAAAGAUCACAAACUUUGAAGAGGUUGUAUAAGUAAGGUUGAUGGAAAAAAAGCAAUUAAGUGCUUUGAAAUUCUAAAUGAUAAUCUCUUUACCUCACCAACAGUGAAUUUCUUUUAGUAUUUAUGCUAGAAUAAUUCAAUUUGUAUUUUGAAGUACUUAAGUCCCUCUAUACCUACAGUAGAAAAAGUUAAAUUCAUGUAUACUUAUAAGGUAUAUUUCUAUUCAAAAGUUCUGAAUUACUUUAAUAAAAUAUUUUAAGUUUUCCUAUAAA